CUCUCCAUCGAUAGGCUCGGAAGCAACUUCCUCCGCCUAGCACUGUCCGCGCAGGCGCAACCCAGCUGCCGUGACCGCCGCCAUCUUCGCGGCGGGAAGAGUCGGGGUCUGGGACAGCUGGAGGCGGCGGUGGUGACAGGAGUAGCUGCACGGAAGGGAGGAUCCUCUACGUCUGCUCUCUCCGCCGGAAAUGGCCAAUGUGCUCUGUAACAGAGCCAGACUGGUUUCCUAUCUCCCAGGAUUUUACUCUUUAAUUAAAAGGGUUGUCAAUCCCAAAGCCUUUUCAACUGCAGGAUCCUCAGGUUCUGAUGAGUCUCAUGUGGCCACUGCACCUCCCGAUAUAUGCUCUCGAACAAUAUGGCCGGAUGAAAUAAUGGGACCAUUUGGGCCUCAGGACCAGAGAUUUCAGCUUCCUGGGAACAUAGGUUUUGAUUGUCAUCUCAAUGGGACCGUGUUACAGAAGAAAAGCCAGGUUCAUAAAACUUUGCCUGAUGUUUUAGCAGAACCUUUAUCAAGUGAAAGACAUGAGUUUGUGAUGGCACAAUAUGUGAAUGAAUUUCAGAGUAAUGAUGCACCUGUUGAACAAGAAGUUAACAAUGCAGAAACAUACUUUGAAAGUGCCAAAGUGGAAUGUGCAAUCCAAACAUGCCCAGAAUUGCUACGAAGAGAUUUUCAAUCACUGUUUCCAGAAAUGGCCACCAACAAACUAAUGAUUCUGACUGUAACACAGAAAACUAAAAAUGAUAUGACUGUGUGGAGUGAGGAGGUAGAAAAUGAAAGAGAAAUGCUCUUAGAAAAGUUUAUCAAUGGUGCUAAGGAAAUAUGCUAUGCUCUUCGAGCUGAAGGUUAUUGGGCUGACUUUAUUGACCCAUCAUCUGGUUUGGCGUUUUUUGGACCAUAUACAAACACCACUCUUUUUGAAACAGAUGAACGCUAUCGUCAUUUAGGAUUCUCUAUUGAUGACCUUGGCUGCUGUAAAGUGAUUCGUCAUAAUCUCUGGGGUACCCACGUGGUUGUAGGAAGUAUCUUCACGAAUGCAACACCAGAUAGCCAUAUUAUGAAGAAAUUAAGUGGAAACUAGUAGUAAUGUCAAUUUAUUUACUGUACUAUUUCUACUUAGCAUUUGGGUUGAUCUAUAAACACUGUCAAAGGCUUCAGAUUUUAAAAUUUACUUAUUUCUAGGUAUUUAUUUCAACAUUUGUAAAUUUACAGCAUUGACAAGGAUUUGUGAUUUUUAAAUCUCAAAAGUUCAUAUUGUCUGUGAAUACAUGUUAAGCACAUCCACAUUGUACAGAAUGUGGUAAAUAACAUGUAACUAUGGUAUGAUAUAUUGUUACUGCUCCCCUUUAUUGGAAAAACCUUAAUUUUAAUUAUUUUCUGCAAAAAUAAAUUAUACAUUUGCUUACGGUA